GAGAGAGAGAGAGAGAGAGAUCUUUGUUCUUCCUUUUCUAUUCGAUCUUCGAUUCCUCUCUCAUUUGCCUUACGACAAUCAAAAUUUCUCGGGUUUUCAGAUUGAUUUGCGCUCUGCAAUUCCGUUUCUUCUUUUUCUUCAUUUCGGAAUUCAGAUUUGACGAAACCGAAAUCGCGAUUCGUCUUUGUGUGUUUCUGAUGUCUGCCUUGGAAGGAGGAGGAGGAGGUACGCUUUCGGAGAUAUACCAUAGUGCGAAGAGGCUGCUGUUGAGGACCAGAGAUGAGCUCGAGAAAUUGGAGCGUCUUGAGUACACGGCUGCCAGUAGCAUGGACUCUUCCGACCUUUCCACCUCGAUCAAGAGGGAUAUUACUCAGAUCCAGUCGCUCUGUGUUGAGAUGGAUAGACUCUGGCGAUCCGUGGCGGCGAAGUCUCAGCGUGAUUUAUGGAAAAGAAAGGUGGAACAGGUUGCCGAGGAGGCUGAUUCUAUGAAACAAAGCUUAGACAAUUAUUUUCUAAGAAACCAGAAGCGAAUGAUGGAAGCAAAAGAGAGGGCAGAAUUGCUUGGAAGAGCUAAUGGUGACUCUGCUCACAUUUUAAGAAUUUUUGACGACGAGGCACAAGCCAUGAAUUCCGUUCGAAAUUCAUCGCGGAUGAUAGAGGAAGCUAGUGCGACCGGAGAAGCAAUCCUUUUCAAAUACUCCGAGCAAAGGGACCGGCUGAAGAGAGCACAAAGGAAGGCACUUGAUGUCCUUAACACAGUAGGGCUCUCGAAUACCGUCCUGAAACUCAUCGAGAGACGGCACCGAGUUGAUAAUUGGAUCAAAUAUGCAGGCAUGAUCUUAACCAUCGUAGCUGUGUUCGUAUUUGUUCGAUGGGUUCGGUAAGGAAGGUACAAAUUGAGGCUGCUUUAAUUUGAUCUCUCAGUGUUUACACUUCUGGUGGUCUCACUGCCAUCUAAAAGACAAACAACUACAUACUAAAUAGUCUACUUAGAAAGAACAGCUACUACUUUGAUGGUGUCCUCGCCUCAGUCGAGCUUCGCUUUGACGGUGUCCUCUCCUCAGUCGA